AUGGCAUCUCCUGGUUCUGGUGAAGACCGUGACGUCUAUCCCACGAAGGAUGCACUCGAAGCGCCGCGGACACGCAAGUCUCGGCGAUACGGUUUUGCAUGUUCGAGGUGCAAGGCGCGCAAAGUGAGAUGCAGUGGCGACCAGCCUGUGUGUCAAAACUGCCAGCGCUUCGGAGAUAGCUGCCAUUGGCCAUCUCAGAGCUCGACUCAGAGCCAGCUCAGGGAUGCCAAUUCUCGGAUUAGAGACUUGGAAGCGUCGAUUCGUGAUUCCAUGGCUUCCAGCCAACGCCAGGAAGAGGGCGUACAAAGCGCAAAUACGGCUCCAACAACAUCUGAACGAAGAUGCCCAAUGAUGAGCAACUCGGGGCCGACGCCUUCCGCGAGUCCCGAAGAUGCCAGGACCAACUCGUCGCUCUGGUUUCAAGUCGGCAUCGGCCAAGAUGGCAGCCUGACCUACAAUGGCCCGACCAGUAGGUUUCAUGCUGGAACAUUGAAUGAAGGCGUCGGAAACGAAAGGCAAGAUUCGGACCAGGAUAUAUUAGCAGCACAGUACUCCGUGAUUGAUUCAGUUUGGAUGCCUCUGAUAUUUUCUCAGCCCGUAAUGAGAGGUGCUGGUGUCAGUAGAGAGAUUGGCAUGGCUCUACUUGACAUCUAUUGGACCUGGCUUCAUCCGCUACACAAUUGCGUCUAUAAACCCCUCAUGAUUAUGGAUUUGGCUUUUGGAGGUCCGUAUUGCUCUGACUUCUUGCUCAUGUGUAUUUUUGGACUUGUUGGGAGACAUCUUUCCAAGCAUCACCCCAAUUUCCCCGAUAUUGGCAAUGGAAACGAGUUUCUUUCAAGAGCCAAGGAGCUUCUGCUGCAAGAACUAUCCGCGUCGAAGCCCUCCAUACCUACCAUUCAGGGUCUUCUUAUUCUCGGUGGGCGACAAAGUGCGAUGGGAAAUAGUUCUGAGGGUUGGCUUUACACAGGAAUGGCCAUCCGCAUGAUGGAGGACAUCGGUCUUCACCUUGAUAUUACAAGCCUGGCAAAAAUAGAACGAUGGACCGCAGCGGAGAAGGAAACCCGAAAGCGACUCUACAACUCUGCCUACAUUUGGGACAAGACUUUGAGUCUGGCUUUGGGUCGUUCGCCAUCCCUAACGAGAGCACCAUACGCAACAGAUGAGAUCCUGGAUAAGUUUGACGAUGAACCACCUUGGCGUCCGGUUCAUGCGUUCGAAGUUGUUGAACCUUUCCCGCCCUCUCCAAUAAUGAAUAGCUCAACAUUCUGCGCGUUUUGUCGUAUUCACGAAAUCACGACCGACAUGAUGCUGUUGUUUGCAACUCCUCCGGGUCACGAUGAGUUCAUUUCAAAAGUGGGAGCUCUUGAUUCAAGAUUUCAAAGAUGGUAUGACGAGCUUUCGGUAGUAGUUCUUAAAAUAAGCAAUCCAGACAGUAUGGCGCAGAGCCCACCUCCACAUAUUGUAUCACUAAAUUUAUUGUAUCAUACACUUAGGAUUUUGAUACGUCGGCCAUUUUUUGCUUCUUCUGAUCUUCUGCAGAGAGAUCAUUACUUGAGUGAUUGCGAAAUCCAUCUUCGACAAAUUUUCGCUAUCCACAGUCUGUACUCGCGUACUUUCCCACAUCGUCUCAUGACAUACCAAGUCAGUUAUUGCAUUUUCAUUGCAGCAAGUACCGAAGUUCAAGAGCUUAGCAUUGCUUCUACGAAAGUCCGAAGAGAGGAGGCGGCAAUGAGGCUUGCGGCUGCCGUCAAGCUGUUGCAGAAUGAAGCCAUGCACACCCCAGGCAUAGGACGCAGUCUCGACACCAUUAGGCGACUCAUGUGCAUGGGGGCAAAACCAGGCGGAAAUUCAGAAAGGAUGGAAAGUCUAAAUUCUUCUCGUGUAAUCAAUACCAGGCAAAUUUCUCAAAUGUCUUCAGGUCACGACUCAGAAUCGCGAGUCACCCAAUCUGGCCAAGAUACUCAAGGGUUGCCCUCAGGAAAUGAAAACCUCACUCCUGUCACGCCCCGUUUCCCCUCAGAGAACAAUACAGCGAACACAGACACUUUCUCUUCACUAAUCAAUACUACGACGGGAUUCGAUAUGACGGAUGAUUUUUGGCCCGCUUGGAUGGACACGGGUGCUGGAUUUCAUCCUGAGGUAAUGUCAUGGGGAUGGAUAGAGAAUUCCCAGAGAGCCCAGGGGCCCGCAUUUGGAGAUCAGAAUUGGAUGUAA